CUUUAGAGGAUAGGAUAGCUGUCUAGAGCACAAGUCUAAAGCAGGUUCAGGAGACAAGAUGGCGAAUUUUUUUAACAUGAAGGCCCUCCUGGUUGUUAUUUCCCUGUUUCUCCGGGUCUCUCUCUGUCAGUACUUCGGCAUGAUGCACGGGCCAGUAGGAAUGAUGGGACAUAUGCCACUUUUUGGAAGCGGUGGUAACUUUUUGGGGCUCGACGACUACGACAGGAAAGAUUAUGACGGCUCAAUUCGACUUACAUGCAGCAAAAAGAAAACACACAGAGGUAAAACGACCGACGCCAUUACUGUGACCAUCUCUCAGUAUAAUGACUUCGACUACAACUACAACGGCUUUGGCGGCGGAUACGGAGGGAUGUACCCAGGCUAUGGCGGUUUCCACGGGCCUCAGGGAAUGCACGUAAGUUCUGCGAUAGGCUUAACAAGAUAG